AAUAUUGCAUCAAUCUCCCGAUCCCCCUUUAACUUCCCCCUCCCCUCUUGUUUCUCAAGUUUAUAUAGUCUUGAACAAGUUGUUUUUUUCAAGUCCUCUAUUUUCUGUCUUUUGAAGUCUAAUUAAACUUCAUUCAUUAGUCCUCUCUCUAUAGAUGACGAUGAGCAACAUGGGUGAUACGACGCUUACAAAGGUGUUUGUAGGAGGGUUGGCAUGGGAAACACCUAAGGAAGCCAUGAAAGAACACUUUGACAAGUAUGGUGACAUCUUGGAAGCUGUCAUCAUCUCCGAUAAGAUCACCGGAAGAUCCAAAGGCUAUGGCUUUGUGACCUUUAAGGAUGCAGAAUCAGCCAAAAAAGCAUGCGAGGAUGCCACUCCAAUUAUCAACGGGCGCCGAGCCAACUGUAAUCUCGCGUCCCUCGGCGCCCGUCGUUCCCGCCCCUCUCCCUCUAUUACUCCCCCUCCUCCUCCUCCUCCUCAACAAGGACCUAAUGUGGUUGGAGCAAGGGCUAAUUCAGCAUCACCUGCAAGUCACGUGCAGUGGUACUAUCCCCAAGCUGCACCUCCGGCUUCACCCUUUCACCAUCAUCAGCCUCUUCCUUUCUAUGGGUAUUCUCCAGCUUAUAUUGCCACAGACAUGAACUACAAUCAUAAAGUAAGCUACAAUGGUGGGGGCUACGUGAAUGGUCAUUUUUCUCAAGUGUAUCCAGGUCAGGCAAUGAUGCCAGUGUACCACCCAUACUAUCAGUUUCAUCAUCAGUCACAGACAAUGGGCCUUCCAGCCCAUAUCUAUUCUCCAACACCUGCUGCCCCUAUUCCAACCCUUAUGUCAAAGCCCACAUCAAUUCCUCCUACUGCAGUUUGUUUGGCUGUGGAAUAGGUACAAUUAUUAUGAUGAAAAGGAUGAUGAGAAAGAGCAAUUAUUAGAAUGGAGGAUUACAGGUGGUGAUUGGAUCAAAUAACAAAAGAGGGUGAGAGGCUGCUCAGAGCAAUGCUAUUAUUAGAGAUAUUCUGCAGUAGCUCUUCUAAUUAAUUAUAUAAUUUCCAAUUUUAUUUAUUUUUUUCUUUGUAAUUUUUCUAAAAAAAAUUAUUAUUAUUGUCAAUCAGAUUACUAGUUAGAUUUAUUCAUUUCUUGUCUAA